AUGGCUGAAGUAGAAAAUCCCGUAGAAUCGGGAGUUUCAACAAAUCAAAAAUACACACCAAGGACCGAGGAGGAGCUUGUAGUAGCUGCUGAUACGCUUAAGAAAACAUCUUGGCUUGGCUAUUUCUUUACUAUCCUUCCAGAGGAGCGCUUAAGAGUAACCCUUUUUGCCAUUAUGUUUUGCACGAUUUCCUUCACAUACGCUUUUCUAAGGCUCUUCAAGGAUAGAGUCGUAUAUGCAGUUUUAGACAAUACUGAUACAAAGAACUGGCUCAAGCUUCUUACGUUUGUUGUUACUCAGCUUCUAGUCAUUUUCUGUCAGAACAUAUCCUCUAAAACAGACUUCAACAAUGCUUUUAGAAUUAUGACAAUGUGCUUCACCGUUUUCUUAGCCAUUAAUGCUUUGCUUAUGAUGGCUACGAAGUAUAUCCAACCUAAUGACAUAUUCAGCGAUUUGCUCUUCGUAUCUGAUUCCUUGACAGUGAGAGGAUUGAAUGGAUUUUAUCCUCUUUGCAUUGUCCUUAAUCAAUAUGUGUACUCUGCAUUCUAUAUCCUUGCAGAGGUUAUAGGAUCUAUGAUGGUAUCUUUCUGCUUCAUGACAUACGUUAAUAACAAUACAAGUGAAAAUCAAAAUAAGAGGUUUGUAAGAACACUUUUAUUCUUCUCUAAUAUUAGUUCAUGUUUCGCUGGUCUUGGCUACAAAUUCUGGAGUGAUAUAUACAAGAAGAAGCCGAAAGCUGACUCUGACAUAUACUAUUUUAUUUUUCCAUUUUGCGCUAUAGCUUUGUAUGUCUUCGUCCUUUUCAUAAAGAAAAUUGUUGAAAAGGAGCUUCUCAAUUUGGUGGUUAUUCCUUCUGGCGCUCCCAAGAAAUCCGCCUCCAAGAAAAAGAAGUUGGAUUCAGAGAUUCCAUUUAUCUUAUGGUUAACUCUAAGUUACUUCUUUCCAUGUGUGCCGUUGCUUUCUUCUACAACUUUUCCACUAAUCUUUUAG